AUGUGCUCUACAGGAUGCUGCACCACCGGAUGCUGCUCUGUUGUGAAGAGCAAGACAGUCUGCUGCAGCCAGCCAUGCACCAAGACCCUCUGCUGCGACCCGUGUCAGCAGUCCUGCUGCUGCGACCCAUGCCAGAAGCCUUGCUGUGACCCAUGCCAGCAGUCCUGUUGUGACCCGUGCCAGAAGCCUUGCUGUGACCCAUGCCAGCAGUCCUGUUGUGACCCGUGCCAGAAGCCUUGCUGUGACCCAUGCCAGCAGUCCUGUUGUGACCCAUGCCAGAAGCCUUGCUGUGACCCAUGCCAGCAGUCCUGUUGUGACCCGUGCCAGAAGCCUUGCUGUGACCCAUGCCAGCAGUCCUGUUGUGACCCGUGCCAGAAGCCCUGCUGUGACCCAUGCCAGAAGCCUUGCUGUGACCCAUGCCAGCAGUCUGUCUGCUGUGACCCAUGCCAGCAAUCCUGCUGUGACCCAUGCCAGAAGCCCUGCUGUGACCCGUGCCAGCAGUCUUCCUGCUGUGACCCAUGCCAGCAGUCUUCCUGCUGUGACCCAUGCCAGCAGUCUGUCUGCUGUGCCCCGUGCCCUCCAGUCUGCUGCACCAAGGUGUGCCAGAAGUCCUGCUGCACCUCUGGCUGCCGUCCCUGCUGCUCCUGUAGCUGCCGUCCCUGCUGCUCCUCUUCAACUUGCUGCUCUUACUUGGUGAAGAAGCCCACCAUGGUGUGUUGCAGCCCCUGCUGCACCCCGUGCUGCCCUCCCGUGAGGAAGUAUUGCAUCCCCAUCCAGCAGUGCUGCAGUGCCAUCAAGAAGACUUGCUGA